AUGUCUCUGGAACAGCUAGUUCAGUCCCUUUCCCUCGAGGAAAAGGUCUCGCUCCUCGCCGGAAAAUCAUAUUGGAGAACGGCCGGCCUGGCAAAGUAUAACAUCAAGCCUAUCAAGUAUAGCGAUGGGCCUAAUGGCGUUCGCGGAGAAUCCAUUCAUGCCUCAACGAAAGCCACCUGUUUCCCCUGCGCUGCAUUGGUUGGGUCGACAUUCAACCCCGAUUUGGCCUACAAAAUGGGUCAGGUUAUUGGCAAAGAAUGCAAGGCGAAGGACGUUGGUCUACUUUUGGGACCAACUAUCAACUUGCAUCGUUCUCCACUGGGAGGGAGAAACUUCGAAGCUUACUCCGAAGACCCGACCCUGUCCGGGCUAUUGGGGGCUGCAUUUGUUAACGGGGUCCAAUCACAGGGGGUCUCUGCCUGUCCCAAACAUUUUGUCGGCAAUGAAUGCGAAACCAACCGCAAGAAGUCGAAUACUAUUGUCGAUGAGAAGGUGCUGCGGGAGUUAUACGCAUAUGCUUUCCAAGUGCUACUCAAGGAGUCCACGCCAUGGGCUAUCAUGACAUCGUACAACCUUGUUAACGGUACUUUCAUGUCAGAGAAUGGAGAGCUACUUCAAGGUCUCCUCCGCAAAGAAUGGGGCUUUGGGGGCGCAAUCAUCUCCGAUUUUGAGGGAGUUUACUCGACCGUUCCUUCUGUCAUGGCAGGUGUUGCACUUGAGCUGCCAGGCCCUGCUCGCUUAAGGGGAGAACAUUUAUUAAAGGCCAUUAAAAAACGCCAAAUACCAGAGUCACACAUCGAUGGCCUGGUCAAAGAUGUCAUCGCGCUAUCAGCCAAAGUUGGUAUGAAAGAUGAAACGGCCAUUGAGGAAGAUAUCCUCAAAGAUGAGACUACAGCAACCCUUGCGAGAGCUAUUGCUGCAGAGGGAAUUGUCCUGCUGAAGAACGAUGGCAAUCUUCUCCCUUUACGACCAUCUAAGAAACCCCGAAUUGCUGUCUUUGGCUCUCCGGCCGCGAAUCCCGUUAUCCAUGGAGGCGGUAGUGCGUCGCUUACUUCGUCCUAUGUCACCUCGCCUCUCGAUGCGCUCAAGGAAAAGUUUGGGGAAGAGAAUAUUUAUUAUCAUUCAGGGGUCCCAAUAUUCAAGAAAAUCCCGUCUGCCCCGAUAUCCAUGAUGAAAGCGCCGAGUACUGGCCAGCCAGGAGUGGAUUGUUUCUGGUAUAAUGGCUGGGUGGUGGGUGAAAAUCCAGUGCACCACGAAGUUCUGGAGACGACACGAACGCUCGUUAUUGAGUCGCGAAUCUCGGAUCUUCAGCCCAAGCACUGCAGCCGCAUGAGCUUUAUUCUUCGGCCAAAAUCUACUGGUCUGCAUGCAUUUGGGGUGACUGCCUGCGGAAAGAGUGUCCUUCAAGUAAAUGGCAAAACUCUCAUAGAGCACCCUGGUUUCGAAGAUUGCAGAGUGGAAUAUGUCAUGCAACCUGGAGAUUUUGAGGAACGAGCUAAUAUCUUCAUGGAAGCGGGCUGUGCAUAUGAAGUGACCAUCGACACCCUAUCAACCACCGCGCCGAGCCCAUCGCCAAUCUUUGAUAUCACGCCGCAGGCUACGUCGGUAGGAUUCUACGAGAACCUGAACACUCCCAUCAAGGGAGAGUUACAGAAAUUGGCGUGCCAGAGCGAUGUUGCUAUCAUCUUCACUGCCAAUAAUAAGGAGUACGAGUCUGAAUCAUUCGAUCGCUCUUCACAGUCCCUGUCUCCGCUCCAAGAUGAAUUAAUCCGGGCUGUGGCUGGCGUAGCACCCAAGUCUAUCUUGGUGAACCAAACCGGGUCUCCUAUCUCAAUGCCUUGGAUUGAUAAAGUCGACUCCAUCCUUCAAAGCUGGUAUGCUGGCCAAGAGGUCGGGAAUGCUCUGGCAGACAUCAUUAGCGGCGAUAUCAACCCCUCUGGCAAACUUCCAGUCACAUUUCCACGGUGCAUUGAAGAUACUUCAUCCUUUGGUAAUUUCCCGACAGAUCAAAACAUGAGAGUCCGAUAUGAGGAAGGAUUGAAAAUGGGUUAUCGCGCACGAAGCAAGCCUGCUCCUCUUUUCCCAUUCGGAUAUGGGAAGUCAUACACCGACUUUCAAGUACAGGGGCUCGCUGUCACAAAGAGCGCUGGUUUGACUGCCGUGGAUCUGACAGUGUCAACGAAAGUCACCAAUAUCGGAUUCGUGGCCGGCAAUGAAGUAAUCCAGGUGUAUGUUGACGGCGUUCUGAAGGCGAUCCAGAAGAUUUUUCUCGUUCCAGGAGAAAGCCGCGCUGUGCAAGUCAACUUGGACAAAUAUGCCUUGAGCGAAUGGUCUUCUAGUGAUAAAAAAUGGGUCAUUGAGCCUCGAGCAUAUAGUAUUGAGCUCCGCCAAGACGCAAAUACUUUGCUUGCUUCAACUGCUUACAAUAUUGAGACAAGUUUGUCCUGGAAUGGGCUUUGA